UCUGGUUCAAGCUAAAUGUAUUUUGUAAUAGUAGUUGUUAGUAAUUUCUAAAGUAAUAAAUUUUAAGUUUGUGUUUGCUAAGCGGCAAAAUGUCAUACGUCCACUGUUGUCACAUCAGUGGUGUAAUGUUUUGUGUUAAGUAAAUAGUUUCUGGAACUUGGAAACCAAGAUUAAGUGGUCGUCUUUUUGUUUUUUUUUCAAAAUGUGUGAGAACUGCACUAUUUCAGGAUUAGCUAGGUUAUCUAUAUGGUGAGUCAAUAAUCAAGGUUAUAACAGGCUGGCACUAGAAGAAGAUUUGGAACCAGAUGCUUGCUGUGAAAAAUACGUGGGUCCUGUUUAGUUUAACUAUAAACUCUGAGAAGAAUAUAAAAGUGAUACUGUGAUGUAACCAUGGAAGAAUUAAAGGUGAAGGUUGAACCCAUUUCUGAUGAAGAACAUGAUGCUUUGUUAGAUACCAAAUUGGUGAAAAAUGAAGAAGAAGAAACAUUUACAUUACCUAGAUAUAUAAAGACCUGUGUGAACACAUCUGGAAAUCAGUUUCCUAGUGAUCAUGUUUUAACACAAGCAGAUCCCUUUAUUGAAAUAGAAGUCAACAAAUCUCAGAAACAAAACAGUAAUGUAUUUGGAAAAAUGAAUUUAAGUGUACAUAACCUGAAACAAUCUGUUAAGCCUUGUAAAGGUGAGAAACAAUACAGUUGUUUACUCUGUGGAAAAGUAUUUGGAACAAAUAGUAAUUUAAAAAUACAUCAAAGAAUACAUACUGGAGAGAAACCAUAUGGUUGUAUAGUAUGCGGCAAAAAAUUUGGAAGAAAUAGUCAUUUAAAAAUGCAUCAAAGUGUGCACACUGGCGAGAAACCAUACAGUUGUGUAAUGUGCAGAAAACAAUUUGCAAGAAAUAGUGAUUUAAACAUUCAUCAGAAAAUACAUACUGGAGAGAAACCAUAUGGUUGUAUUGUGUGUGGCAAAGAAUUUGUAAGAAAAGGUGAUCUAAAGAAACAUGAGAGGAUACACACUGGAGAGAAACCAUACAGUUGUGCAGCAUGUUUAAAGAAAUUUGGAACAAGUAGUGAACUAAAAGUACAUGAGAGAAUACACACUGGAGAGAAACCAUACAGUUGUGUUGUGUGUGGAAAAGAAUUUCGAAGAAACUGUGAUUUAAAAGACCAUCAAAAAAUACAUACUGUAGAGAAACCAUAUGGUUGUAUAGUAUGUGGCCAAAAAUUUGGAAUAAAUAGUGAACUGAAAGUACAUGAGAGAACACACACAGGAGUAAAGCCAUACAGUUGUGAAAUUUGUGGGAAAGAAUUUCGUAGGAAUAGUAACUUAAAAGAUCAUCAGAAACUACAUACAGGAGAGAAACAACAUAGUUGUGUAGUGUGUGGCAAAAAAUUUGUAAGAAAAGGUGACCUGAAAAAACAUGUGAGGAUACACACUGGGGAGAAACCAUACAGUUGUAUAGUAUGUUUAAAAAAUUUUGGAACAAAUAGUGAACUAAAAAUACAUGGGAGAAUGCAUACUGAAGAUAUACUAUACAGUUGUAUAAUUUGUGGAAGAGAAUUUCGAAGAAAAAGUAACUUAAAAGAUCAUCAGAAAAUACAUACCAGAGAGAAGCCAUAUGGUUGUGUAGUGUGUGGCAAAAAAUUUGGAACAAAUAGUGAAUUAAAAAUACAUGAGAGAAUACACACUGGAGAAAAACCAUACAGUUGUGUAGUGUGUGGAAAAGAAUUUCGAACAAAUAGUAACUUAAAACAACAUGAGAUAAUACACUCUGGAGAAGCACCAUACAGUUGUAUAGUAUGUUUCAAAAAAUGUAGAACAACUAAUGAAUUAAAAGUACAUGAGAAAAUACACACUGGAGAAAAACCAUACACUUGUUUUGUUUGUGGCCAAACAUUUGGGACAAAGAGUAAUCUGAAAACUCAUGAAAAAUUACACACUGGAGAAAAACCAUAUAGUUGUGUAAUAUGUAGAAAAAAAUUUGCAAGAAAUUUUGAUCUAAAAAGACACAAGAAGAUUCACACUGUUUAAAAACUGUACAAUUGAGAAAUAUGUCAAAGACUAAAGAGUGAAGGAAAAGUACAUGAGAGAAUACAUACUGAAGAGAAACUAAACAUUUGUAUUUCAAAACGUUUUAAAACAAUGAAUCAGUUAAAAUCUCAUGAGAGAAUAACUACAGAAGAGAAACUAAACAUUUGUUUUUUGUAUUUCAAAACGUUUUAAAACAAUGAAUCAACUAAAAUCUCAUGAGAGAAUACAUACUGAAGAGAAACUAAACAUUUGUUAUGUUUGUUGCAAAAUGUUUAAAACAUUGCAUCAGUUAAAUUCUCAUGAGAGAAUACUCACAGAAGAUAAACCAUACAGAUGUAAACUAUCUUAUAAAACAUUUGUAAGAAAGAACAUGAGGCAGUACACACUAUGGCAAAGAAUUUGUGUCAAGAUAUGAACUGAAAUGCCAAGAGUUAUAUACGGGGGAGAAACCAUACAAUAUGUUGCUAAAAGUUGGGAAGUAAAAUUAGUGUAAAAGACCAUGAGAGGAUACACACUUGGCAGCUUUCACUCUAUGUCCAAGAGCUUUUAAUGGAUUUAAACAAAGAAACAUGAAAUAUUACACACUAGUGAGUAACAGUACAGCUGUGUAAUCUGUGCCAAAGAAUUUGUAACAAAAGAUUAUGUAAAGAAACAUCAAUGAAUAGUCAUUGGGGAGAAAUCAUACAGCUGUACAGUGUAUGUAUGUGUCUGACACAGAAUUUUUAAUUGAUAUUAACUUCAGAAAACAUGAAAAAAUACAUAUUUUGACAAAAAACUGUAAAACGUUUUCAAUAUUAGUAUCAGUGGACACACAAUGGUGUGAAACUACAUUUGUGUUGUGUGUAGCAAAGAAAUUGGAAGUUAUAAUCCCCUUGACAGGGUACACUCACAUGGUUCACAUGUAAUACUAUAUCAGUAUAGUGUGUGUGGAAAAGAAUAUGAAACCCUAAACCAUGAGGAGGUACAAAUUGUGGAGAAAGCAUGCAGGUAUGAUGUCUGUAGUUAAAACUUUUAAGAUAUUCCUUAUUUCAAAUAGUAUCAAGAAGUGAUACAACAAGUGUGUUACAAAAGACUUGAGAGACAAAAAUUUUAAAUAUCCUUAUAAAUAAUGUAAAGAAAAUCCUUUGUAAUGUUUAUGAUUUGUUGGGUGAAAAAAUAUCUGUGGUACCAGAAUUCUUUUAUGGAAAACUAGAGUUGUAUACAUUUGACAAUAAUUAGAGUAACUUUUUAAUAUUAACAGAUUAGUUAAUUGUGACAUGUGAGUUUUACAUAAUGCAACCUUUGUAUAGUUAGGAUUUUGUGGCUUUAAAGUAGUGGAUGUUUGUUUUUUACAAGUUAAGUCUACAACAAUUAUUUAUUUAUGAUAAGGCUCUUGUGACUGGACACCAACAAUUAUCAUGGUACCCAGUGGUCAGCAUGCCAGACUAAGGAUUUAUGGUUCAUGUCCCAUUACCAUGGGAGAAAACAAUCACUUACUGCAAUUUAGCUGCAUGGAUGUGUUAUAAGAAAGAUAGUUAAAUCACACUAUUUGUUCUGACAAGAGUUGGUGGUGUUAACUAACUGUCUUCCAUCUAGUUCAUCACUUCAAAAGCAGGAAUGCUACUUACCGUGCCUAAUAGCCUUUAUAAUAAUCUGACCACUAGGAAAUAAACUCGUACGAUGUAUGUACUAAAAUUAUUUGACUACUGAAGCAUUGUUUAGCAAAAAAAAAUGGAUAUAGAUGGGAUUUUACUCAGUUAUGUGAUAUCUUUCUUUGACAAAAUGGACUGUUACAGAUAGAUCUGUGUUACAGUCUUGUGUCCAUAAGCUGUGCCCUUGAAUUCUGACUUUUGUUGUUGUUUUUCUCAUAUACUGAAGUUCAUAUUUAUAUAUGAUGUAUAUAGUGAUUUUGUUCUCCAUUGUUCUUUAAGUAGGUGUUCUGCACUAACUGAGAUUGGACAAUUUCUCAGCACCCCAGUGGCAUAGCGGUAUGCCUGGGGACUUACAAUGCUAGAAACCGGGUUUCGAUACCCGUGGUGGGCAGAGCACAGAUAGCCCAUUGUGUAGCUUUGUGCUUAAUUCCAAACAAACAAACAAUUUCUCAAUAUGUUUCUUACUGUAUCAUUUUCACAUAGGAAUUUGGUUGUGUUCAUAUACUAUUAUUCCUGCUUUUCAUUUACAUUUGUCUUUUCCAUCAAAUAUUCAAGGUUUUUAUUGUCAAGAAGACUUAUCUUCUAUGUUCCAAAUCUUGUUCUUUUUUAAAACAGGAAAGUCUGUGAUAUCCAACAUUAUGCUUUUAUGGUGCUUUGAUCUCCAGUUAAGGCCCUUCUCAAUAUCUAUGAAUUUUUCUAUAAAUUGCUGUAUAUGAGCUGUCUUGAUGAUCAUCACCUUUAGGAAAGGAAGCUGGUAUUUUUUCUAUUUCUUUUAUGAAUUAUGUCUAAAAAUUGGCUAUUCGGAUGGCUCAUAAAUUCUGGAAUCGUGUUAGUAGGGAAAGGCUGUAUUACAAGUUUACAGACAACAUGUCUGAACCAUUCUGGUCCUUAGAGCAGCUAUUUCAGGAAUGGUAUCUUUAAAAAAAUUGUUGUAAAUGUUACUUAUUUAUGAUAGAGAUCAUAGCUAGGCCUUUCUAUGGUCAAAUGUUCUCCUGAAAAGAUAAUCCUGUAUUUGUUAAGUGUGGACAAAGAGUUGGAAAUAACAGAGACCUAAAACACUUCUAUGAGGUAUGAGAUUUGUGUCCUGGUCUCUAAAAUAUUUCUAACAAGAAAAGGGUCAAUGACUCAAGAUAAAAACAUUGUGAAAUGUUUUUCAGAGGACAAUCCCUUUAAACAUGGGUACCCCAUUAAACACUUUUCUGCACAAGUCACUGAGUUACAUUCAAAAUUUAAUUAAACACUUUUACUAUCAAUGUAUGUGAAUGAAAUUAACAUCAUAUUGUAUGUUAUUAUUCUAAGUUUUAUGUUAUCUGAAUUUUAUUUCAAAAAAUACUUAAAACUUCAGCUUUAUUGUCAUGUGACCCAUGAGUUAUGAAAAAUCUCAACUUUCAGUCUCUCAAUCUUGAACCACAUACUGCCAGGCCUGUACACAUGUGUCUAGACAGUAAUAUAUGCUUAUUUUCCCUAUUGACUCGUAUGUUUCAGAGUUCUUUGGCUGAAUGCAGUAGAAACAAGUAAUCAAUUUUGUCAACCCCUGAUGGGUGCCAAAUCCACCUUCUUUACUUUGCUUGAGCUUCAUAGCAUACAUGUAGUUGCUACGUAUAUAUGUAUAUGGUCAUUAGAAUGAACUCAUUUUACACUAUAAGUCAACAACAGUUAUUUUGAAAUUUGCAUGCAGUUGUCAUCAUUGGGUAGAUGUAACUGCCUGUAGUAUUAUUGGCUGCUUUAUCCUUUAAAACACUUACAGUUUUUCUUAUCUAAAUAUGUUAUAGUUAGAUAGACAGUUAUAUUGUAUUUAGGUCUUACUUUUAUAUCUUAGUUAAUUAUGUAUUAUUUGUGUUUUAAAAUGCAUAAUUGAAAGAUUUAAACAUUUUUAAAGAUAUACAUCAUACUUUGGAUCAAUUUCCAAGACACUAAAGAUCUUGUACAAGGGCAAGAUAAUUUGCUGAAGACCUGUGCAUCUUUGAUGAAGAUACCGUAAUUAUGCACCAAGGGUGCUGUCGAUUUGUGCUGAGAUGAGUAAUAAAUGUUAAAAGAUAGAAAAGGAAAAUAAAACAUUAAAAACUAUCUAUAUUUGAAAAGGAAAAGACCUAACUGAAAUUAUGAAU